AUGGUUAACGAAAACACCACCCCAUCGGAUAAUGACCAGGAUAACACUGGCGAACAUCAAUACCAAGAUUCACCUCCAGGAGAUGGAAGAGUCUCCCUAAGCAUUUACCAAAUAGUACCAGAAAGCAACUUCCCUGACGACAGAUGGAUGACUGAGAUUGGAUUCAACAACGAGACCGGACGCAAUGCCUUGUACUAUGCCGCGUGUAAUCAAUAUGUUGAUUAUGAGAUCUUCAUGUGGCUUCUUGAUUACUUCGGUAACUGGACCCAUGAUGACUUCAAACGGCUUAGCGUACACAUCCAGAAAAAGAUCAAGGACAUGCUAAUGGACCGAGGCAUCUUUGUUGAUUAUAUUGGCAGGAAAAAGACGAUUGCAAAGGCACUAGAUGACUUAGUGCAGAUGACUAGGAUGCCUGAGUGGCCGCAUGAGAUUGCUGCCGCCAAAGCCUUUGACUCACGGUCGAAGAUGGCCAAGGGUCAGUUCCCUCAACUCGCCACCAAAAAUGGCAGUGAAGAAGAGGAACCAGAGGUAAUAGCCUCCUUGAUUGAGGAUGGCAGAGAGGACUACGAAAAGGGUAAGCAACCGUUGGUAGAGACACCAAAGCAGGCAUCUCAAGAUCAUGAUCAACAGCCAAAAAAUCAUGCUCAAAAUGACAAGCCUAGUAGACCUCAUGACCACUUAAGCUUGCCUGGACCUGCUUAUACUUACCCAUACCGCUCUAAACUUGAGGACGACUGGCGCAGGCAGACACCGCGCUAUACCAUAGCACCCCCGGCGCCCGAGAUCUCAAUGUCAUCGGAGAAGUGGGACGAUUGGACUAUGCUACCACCUAGGGAAGUUGGAUGUGAGCAUAUUGAUUCGAAGUCAAUGCUCACGUUCGUCAAGAUAUGGGAUAAAAAGCUUACUUACUCUGGAGAUCGGUACGACAUCUUGGACGACAAAGUACGCGCAUUCUUGAGAGCGUGCAAGCUCUCUAGCAUCUCGAUUAGUCAAUGUUGGGAAGUCUUCCCUGAGAUGCUAUCUGGACGUGCAGGGGCGUACCACAUGCACCACAUCAAGCCAGGUGCUUCCUUCGCUCAAGCAUACAACGCGAUAAAAGCAUACUUUGACACGCCCAACAACCAGACAGAUUACUACCAGGAGUGGACCACAGUCACUCUUGCUGGAGAGCGCCAAAGCAAUCCCAGCAAAUCGUGGGUUGAGGUCGUAGAUCUCAUGGUUGAUAAACUUCAUUUAUGCCAGCGAGCAUUAGGAUCAGCAUAUGCUGGUGAUGAACACCUUAUUGCCGCCAUCACAAGAGCGUGCCAAUCUACACCAGAAAUGGGCGAGGCUCUCAGUGAACCAACAAGCAGCUUCCAGACAAUUAUUUCUAAGCUGCGUGCCAGGGCAGGUGUAGUGCAGCGGAAGGAGUUGGCAAGCCAGUACGUGGUAGAUGAAGUCAAUAAUCCUCAAGUGUUCUAUACGGACAGGAAGUUUAUGGGACGCACAAAUCGUAACAACAGUCCUAUAUCACGUCAAGAAUAUCGACGCAAGAACCGUGACGAUGCCAAACAACUCAGGAAAAGCAAUGGAAGGUGUUUUAUUUGUCAUCGAGAGAACUGCCACUCAUGGAAGCAUUCUGAAGAAGAACGCCGCGAAGCGCGAGAUCGAUAUGACCGCUAUCGACAGGUAGAUGGAAGGAAGAAGCUGUCAACCCGCGCUUACCAGACCUUCUUGCAGGAAUAUGAAGGCACCUCGUCGGAAGAGGAAGACGACGAUUCCACCGAGGAGGAGGUUAAGCAGGACGUGACCACCGCAUACUUUAUGGUCAACCAACUGCAAGAUCGUGCCUUUAUCCACCGGAUAACAGGCUGCAAUAAUGGCAUAGAGCCGCCUGGAUUUCACCUCGAUUUUGAAGUUAAAUCACCUGACCAAUCAGAAGGUGAAAAUAACUACCCUGCACCUGCCUCUCAGUUUCUUCUCGACCCCCAUGAAAAUGAGACUUUUUAUGGGAUUAUGCCAGAUACAGGAGCAUCGACUGUCUCAACCGUUGGUAAAGGACAACUUGCCGCCUUCCUGAGACUCUAUCCCCACACCAAGGUCGAUAGAUCGCGUGCAGGGGAGUACUCAGUCCGCUUCGGCAUGGGCAACCCGAUAAUCUCGACUGCGGUGAUUACCGUGGAAUCGCAGUUUGGUGACAUAGAAUUUAACACCAUGGAUUCACCAACGCCUUUCCUGUUCUGCCUCAAAGAUAUGGAUCGCCUACGCGUUAAGUUUGACAACCUCACCAACGAGAUGAUCCAGGGAGACCUUAUCGUACCGGUUAUUCGCAAGCGAGGCCACCCGUGGUUCUUCCUGGAUGAGAAGUAUGCACCAGAGGCGUUUCUAACUGAGGUCGAGAUGAGGCGGUUACAUCGACGGUUUGGUCACCCUGCAGUUGAUAGGCUGCACAAGGUCUUAAAGCGUGCAGGCCAUCUUGACGUGGAUUAUAAGGUGCUUGCGCAGAUUGAAGAAUUCUGCCACCAUUGCCAAAUGAACCGGCAAGCACCCAAACGGUUCAAAUUCACGUUGCAUGACGACUGCGAGUACAACUACGAGAUCGUUGUUGAUGUUAUGUAUCUUGAUGGCAAGCCAGUACUGCACAUCGUUGACUGGGCAACCUCAUUCCAAGCAGCGAAAUUCUUGAAGUCUCUGUCAACUAAGGACACCUGGGAAGCACUCCGGGCAGCGUGGAUUGACACAUAUCUUGGUCCCCCUGAUGUCAUAUCCCACGACGCAGGAACGAAUUUUGCUGCAGUAGAAUUUAGAACUGAGGCCAAGAUGAUGGGAAUCCAAUGCCACCAGGUGCCAGUCGAGGCUCACAAUGCUAUUGGCAAGGUCGAACGGUACCACACACCACUGCGCCGCGCUUAUAAUAUCAUAUUGUCGGAACUCGGUGCAAGCGUCGACAAGGAGAUCAUACUUCAGAUGGCGGUUAAGGCUGUCAAUGACACAGUAGGACCAGAUGGAUUAGUACCAACCGUACUAGUCUUUGGUGCCUAUCCUCGCAUGACUUACGACUCGCCACCAUCAGCAUUGACUGCAAAGCGCGCCCAGGCCAUGAGGAAGGCCAUGAUCGACUUAAGGAACGCCAUGGCCACGCGUAAAGUCAAUGACGCUCUCAAGGCCAGGAACGGCCCGAUUGUCACGGAAACGCUCAACCUGGCACCAGGAACCGACGUGCAGGUCUGGCGAGAAGGUAAAGGAUGGACUGGCCCGCACAAAGUUAUCUCAGUUAACGAUUACAAUGUGAUUGUGGACCUACCCAGCGGUGUCACUGAUUUCCGUGCAACUUCAGUACGACGUUACCAGCGAGACGAGAUCGAGUCGUCUCCGACUCGGCGCCUACUAGGCACUGAUCUUCCUCCUCAAAAGGAGGAAGAAGGUAGAAAAAUCGACGGCCUACUGGCGGGCCGGAAAAGUGGCCCAGCAUUUGCUCGGGGAUCCUCCUCAUGCGACGCUGCUGCCGGCGCGCUGCAAGAAGUGGAAUCAGGAGAGCCUGCCGGCGCGGCAAAUCCGAAUCGCCGCCUGAGGACGAGAGGGAUUCAUGUUCCUGACGCACCAGUAAUGCCGCCAGCGCCACGCCGCCGAGGACGACCUCCAGGUUCGAAGAACAAACCAAAGACCUAUACCAAUGAGGUCGAGGUGUUCCUAUCUAGGAAGGAAAAAGACGACCUAGAACUAGCAGUCAAGCUGCGCCGAGAAGGGAAGAUAACCGCGGACGGCGCGCCAUUUGAGCUCUCUGCAAUGGCUGAGAUCGAUGGUCUCAUUGCGAGUGGCACUUUCAAGAUAAUGCACCAUGAUGAUUUGGAUCUCAGAGGCGUACGAAUCUUCAACUCCCGGUUGGUCAAUGAGAUAAAAGGCAAGAACGAGAAACCGUACGAGAAGUCACGCCUCGUCAUACAGGGUUAUAACGACGCGGGCAAAACUGGCAUACUGACACAAGCGCCGACGAUUCAGCGCGCCAGCCAGCGCCUUGUCGUGUCACUCAUCGCUACGCUGAUUCUCAUGGGCAUGGUCGUCGAUCUGCGUGAUAUUACCCAGGCGUACACACAGUCAAAAAGUAAGCUACAACGCCUGAUUGUUGCCAACCUGCCAGCCGAGAUGAGAGAUAAAUACCCACCGGAUUCGCUACUCCUUGUGGAAGGUGCCUUGUACGGGAUCCCUGAAGCCGGUGUACACUGGUUUGACACAUAUCAAUCCCAUCACAAGGACCGGCUGGGUAUGGAGACAUCCACGUACGACCCGUGCCUCCUCAUGACGACUAAAGGGAAGGAGAACUUUGGCCUUGUCGGUAUGCAGACGGACGAUACCCUGCUUGUCUCAACAGAAAGUUUUGCCGGAGAGGAACAAGUGGCUUUACAAGAAGCUGGCUUCAAGGCGAAGCCUAAGACACGCCUAUCCCAACAAGUGCCAAUAGAAUUCAAUGGCGCUAGAAUCACUUUGCAAGAUGAAAAGGUCUAUUUCCGCCAAAAGGGCCAAGCCGCAAAGAUAAAGCCAGUGGGCAAGGAAGACCGCGCACAAAAGUACGUGGAACAACGCGCGCGCGGUGCGUACUUAGCUUCAAUCUGCCAACCUGAAGCGGCGUACGACUUGGCAGUGGCCGCUCAGCUGCAGGAGAAAGACCGAUCUGAGGCAGAUUAUGACGCGUUGAAUAAACGUCUCAUAUGGCAAGCCGAGAACCCAGAUAGAGGUCUCUGCUUCGUUCCGAUUGAUUUGACCAAGGCCAAGAUCAUGAUAUUUACCGACGGUUCCUUCGCCAACAACCGGGACUUGACCUCCCAAAUUGGCUUCCUCAUUGCCAUGGUAAAUGAGGAUUUUUCCGAAUCAGGCCAAUUCACGAUAACCGGCAAUAUCUUGCACUGGGCUUCGUCUAAGUGCAAGCGGAUUACACGUAGUGUACUGGCCUCCGAGAUUUAUGGCCUCACUACUGGCUUCGACCAAGGUUUUACCCUGGCCAGUACAGUCAACAUGAUUACCAAGAGGCUCGGCCAGCCUGAGAUGCCGGUAGUAGUCUGCACAGAUUCCUACUCGCUAUAUGAGUGCCUCACGAAGCUUGGAACGACCAAAGAAAAGCGCUUAAUGAUCGAUCUCAUGGCGCUUCGCCAGUCAUAUGAGCGACAUGAGAUUGACGAGAUCCGAUGGAUCCACGGUGACGACAACCCUGCAGAUGCCUUUACAAAGUCAAACCCGAACAAGGCCCUGCGGGACUUCGUUGGAUCCAACAAGGUGACGAUCCGGGUGGAAGGCUUCGUUGAGAGGACCAGGAUUGAUUAG